AUGUUGUCAUUAAGAACAGCUCUGCGAGGGGCUACCAGCAUCCGCUCCUUUUCGACAUCGCGCGUGCUGCGGUCCGAGGAGCUGUCAUAUCAGAUCUUCGGUCCCGAAAAUGAACAGGCCGUUCGAAGCCCGAUUCUCUUCUUGCAUGGGCUGUUCGGGUCGAAGCAGAAUAAUCGGAGUAUCAGUCGAGCCCUUGCACGUGAUCUGAAGCGUCAAAUAUACACACUGGAUCUUCGGAAUCAUGGACACUCAUUCCAUGCCGCAGAGCACAACUAUACCGUUAUGGCCGAGGACGUUGAGAAGUUCAUCGACCAGCAGAAGCUAGAUAAAUGUGUGUUGAUUGGACAUUCGAUGGGCGCGAAAACGGCGAUGGCCGUUGCUCUGCGAUCUCCCAGCCGCGUAUCGGGUCUUAUACCAGUCGACAAUGCACCCGUUAACGCCCGACUACAGAGCGACUUUGGGAAAUAUGUUCGGGGCAUGCAGCAUGUCGAGGCAGAAAAGGUGACGAAGCAGUCGGAUGCGGAUAAGAUUCUGCAGGGUUACGAAGAGGCCCUCCCCAUUCGUCAAUUCCUUCUGACCAACCUGAUCCGGUCAGACGAUCAGACGAUGAAAUUCCGUGUCCCGUUGUCGACCUUGGGGGCUUCGCUUGAAGACAUGGCUGACUUCCCAUUCCGAGAACCGGGUGCUGUAACAUAUGACGGGCCAACCCUUGUUGUUCGGGGCAUCAAGAGCAGAUACGUCUCGGACGACUCGCUUCCCGCCAUCAAGAAAUUCUUUCCUAAGUCUGAAGUCGUGGAUGUCGAGGCUGGGCAUUGGCUCAUCUCGGAAAACCCUGAGGCGUUCCGACAGGUGGCUGUUAAAUUCUUACAAAACACGCCAUAA